AGAAAGAACGCUACUAUACCACCAUGAGUAAUUGGGAAAAUGACUCACUUUCGUAACGAGGGCGUAAGGGGGGCUAGCUAAGGACGAGAUCAUGGAGCACGACACUGACAGCGCACCACCUGGUGCGACUUCAGGCGUUGUAGACCUGCAGGAUAUCGCGUUGGUUGAAUGGGAAGGUAGUGCGAAGGCGAGCAAAGAAGUGCUUGCACCUGUUGUAGAUCGACCAAUAUCUUCAUUAUGAAACGUUCAGCUACUUCAAAUGAAGUUUUCUCUUCCUCAGAUUAAGUUCUGUGACCUUUUGUGAAGCUGAAGGGCGAUUCAUCGUUUCAUGCUCUUAUCUUCGACGUCGCGGAUGAAACCACGAGCACUUAGAUGAAUGAAUCCAAACUUACUAGCUCUCAACGACCUUUUAGACUCUCUAAAAGCUAUUAAGUCCACCAACGGGGUAUCAAGAAAGGAGCUCGCAUACCCCGAACACGAUUUUGCGCGAGAUGGCGCACCGGUGUUUAUGUUCGUUAACGCGAGUAGCGGCAACAGGCGUGGGGCGCUCUAUUUGGACUCAGGCAAUGCGAUGCCUGAGACCCGUGGGCGACGCCUCACCUUAGAUGUCGAUCUCCCACCUCACAUGGGCACUGGCAAGGCCACGGUGUAUGUCUACAACAUGAAGCAGGGCAGCGCAGGCAAUAAGCCGGGAUUUCAUCAUUUGCGGCGCUUGAUUUUAGAUCCAGACUCGUGGAUGGAGCCAAGAACAUGGGAAAUAGGAGGAGGUGCAACUUCCUCGUCGAGUAACAAGGCCGCGUCUUCACCACCGACUACGGCCCCGGGAACAGCAGCAACCAGUGCAGCUCCGUCUUCCGCUCCCAGUGUCUCCGCUUCGUCGCCCGAAGCAGCCGUUGCCGUUCCCAGCGGCGGAGACGUCCAAAUAUCCAGCGCAGUACUGCAACAGGGCCAAGAAGCGACGACCAGUAGAGGCACUUCGACCGCUAGCGAUUCGUGCGUCUCCAAGGGAAACCACGUUGGAGGUGCUCCUGGCAGCGCUGCAACCAGCUCCACAACGGGUGCAGAAGCGACAAGCAAACCCUCAACUUCAUCAUCUUCCAAUCAUGUUCCACCUGGCUCAGGAGCAGGAGUUCGCCUCCACGGUAAUAGUACUGAAGCCAGCACUGCGACGACGGCGAAAGAAGCGUCUUCGGCAGAAAUAGCUGUUCAUGACGUUCGUCUCCCACCUUCUUCGAGAACAAACGGAACAACUAUAGAGGCAUCACCCUCGUGCUCGUCAAAUGUUCAAGAUGGAGGCGGAGUCUCUUCUUCUAGCGAGGGUGCAAUGACAACAGCGAAAGCUGCACCAAAUAACAAUAAGGCGUCUACUACUAGUAAUUCCAGUUCUACUCACGCUAAUCCACCUCGUCCUGCUCAGACGAGGAUACGCGUCAUAGUGUGUGGUGGAGAUGGUACAAUACCUUGGACCUGUGAUGAGCUUCGGUCACAUGAUGUUCCGAUGGAUCUACUUGCCUUAGGAAUCGUCCCUUUCGGCACGGGAAACGAUUUUUCGCAGAGUUACAAUUGGGGCCAGUUUCCGAAAUACAAUGUGCUCGGAAAAAACUUUUCACAACUUAAAGCCGACAUUCGUUCUUGGCUUACCGCGCCUGAUGCACCACACGACCUUUUCACAUGCGAAAUCGAGACACAAACAGGAGGCGGAUUCGCUUUCGUUUCAGGGUAAGAUAUUCUACUUAUGAAUAAUACAAACUCAUAUACUUGUACAGUUACAGAGCAGUUCUGAACCAUAUUUAUAUAUAAAGAUAGAUAUACCUAUAGAAGUACAGACUUCUGCUUCUGUUAGAUUGAACGUGGAUGUGCCCCUGCAUGACCUCAAACUCAAAGACUCCCCUGAACCUUCUUCCCUAAAAGUAGCACUCCCUCGGGUAGAAAAAAUCAUGUUGACACCAAGUCGUUGUACACGACGGCACUCUCACUCAAUAACUUGAGGCUUCUACUUCAUCCGAACCCACUGUUCGAACCAGGUACAACAAGAAGGGGCUCAACGAUGAUUUGAUGGCACAACAUGGAGUUCGCGUUGUAGAAAACACCUCGUCUUGCUCCUCUUCUACGUCAUCAACGUCCAUGAUAUGCACGAAAACGGUCUGCAAUUACUUCAGUAUGGGUCCCGAGAGCAGAGCGGGAAUGGGGUACAACCGACCCGUCUUGUGGUCAUGCUUAAUAGAAUGAUGAUAGAGUAGAUAGAUCAAGAUCAACUAGUUGAAUUAAAAAAUGAAAAUAAAUACAAUGAGGUAGUACUAGAACUCUACAGGCGUUAGACUAAUGACGAUGACCAAAGACCAAAGUAGUCGUGUCGACAUGUUGACAAUAUGAGCACUACCUGGCAGCUGAUCAUCUUCGUCUUUUUCAGAUGAAAAUGAUAUCAACAAAGCUAAUAUUGAUUCAGCAUGGAACGGCGGCGGCAGAAGUCGUGGACGGCCAACAAGCUUAUGUACGGAGUGAGCGGGGCAACAACGACACUGUUCAAGUCAACUCCCAGAAUUAAGGAUGUUAUGGAAAGCGCAGUGGAAAUCUUACCAGACAAAAGUAAACGAACAAUCUUCCAAUUGGACCCGAACCGCGCUGGUGAGCCAUACUUGCGAAGAACGCCGUCCGUCCUCGCCCUCUGCAAUACAGACACAAUGGGAGCGUACCAAUAUUUUGCUGAUGACUGCAUCUCAAUGACGAGUUCGUCGCAUAAGUGCAUGAAGAAUAAUAAAUUACUAGUACUAGUCUCUUGUUCUUCUUUUUUUGAAAUUGAAUGAGAAUGUCGAGCACCAGCAAAAAAAGUACAAUAGCAUUUUUCGAAAGAAGUCACCAACACCUCCACCCAGUGGCGUGAAGAUGUGGGACCGCACAUCGAGGCGUUCGGCCGCAAAGAAUUUGCCGCCAGGAUACCUAGAAAAUGUUCCGGACUACGAGACGCCACACCAGAUGGGAGACGGGAAAGCGGACUUCAUGGUGUGGGACAGUUUUUUCCGCUUCGAAAUGGACGUGAUGGCUGGUACUUUUUGUGGAGGGUGCUUUCGACGAACGCCGAUUAUCGGUGGCGGUCACAGGUUGUUCUCAACGCACAACCCCGUCGAGUUCAACUUCAAAAAUAAAGACGACGCAUCCUACCGAAAAAAGGGCCGAGUUUACAUGGAAGUCGAUGGUGAAUACUUCAUCUGCCUAUUCCCGAAGAAAAUAACAAUACGCCACCGAGAAACGCUCAGAGUGCUCGAUAACAGACCCCCGGCAAUGGCGGCGAUAAAGAAAUCAAGACCAUGAUUCUAAGAUGACAGUUUCUGAUUUUCCUGAUGUAAUUCUACUAGCUAUACUGAUUCCCAUAUUACACUUACAGGAUGAUAGAAGAUUUGACUUUGAGUUGAAAUUGAUGUUGACACAUCAACUUAUGCAUAGGUUCUUGAUAGUUGUAUUCCUCCUUUUCUUUGAUGAGACACAGUGCUUCUCCUGUCUUUGCGGCAGAUGAAAAAACCUCGUCAAUAAUCCUCCUAUCACGUCGCUCUUAUAUUUGUGCUUUUCUUCUCGUGAAAUUAUCGUAGAUGUAGUUCUAAGCCUCAGUGCAGGUACCAGAAGAAGUUAUUACAAUAUUUUCUGACUCGUUGUCGUUUCCUGCGUCUCCCUCCACGAUUUCCCAUAAAAAAAUCAACAAAUUUUGUUCCAACGAAGCAUGAGCAAGAACAACUUCCAGACAAAGCUGAUUGUCUCAGCUCUGUUUGUCGAUGAAGCAAACUUUUUGGGACCGCACCUUGAUCUUAACGAUACUAAGAAGUGUAAACAAAGUACUCAUUUUUUUUUCAACAUCCAUACGUAGUUGCUUUUAGUUUUUCAGUACUAGAAGACCUAGCUGCCACAUGAGCUCAAUUCUCGUCCGUGUUGGAGGUACUAGUCCUUGUGAAGGUCGUCUCUCUUGGUGCUAUGUACGUCGGCGACUGCUUAUGGAAAACGUGUGUGUUUGCUACCAGUGAUUACUUUUGUAUGCAGAAGAAUAGAGGAACAGUGCAGGACUCCUCAUUCGCAUUCUAUUCAUAUUGAAAUCAAUUUUGUUUAGUUUUCAAGUUCAAGUAAAGUAAGCCUGAGACAGUGCUCAGCUCGAGUUUCCCCUUUUUUACAAGCACCCAUCACUCAUACUAGAAGAAGAUAAAAGAUGGCUGGUGAAUGUCAAUGUGGUGGCAACUAGUGAAAUAGCGACCUUGAAAUCUGAAAUCUCGUACAUGGAAUGAUCUUCUAUACUUUUUUGCCUCACAAUUGAAAUUAUUGACGCGCGUCAAUGCAUUUUUUUUUACCAUUGGUUCUCACCUCUUACGUACCAAGGAGUUUUGAAAAUUGAAAUUUGAACUGAGACAGUAUGCAGAUGCAUUGACGCAGAAAGACAUGGACACGUGAAAAUGAAAUAUGAUGCUGCAUUUUGUCGGCCCCCUCACCUUCUUCUUGUCGUCUUCUAGUACCGCGCUCUCCUCUUCUAA